UUAUAUGUGGAAUCUGUGACUUAUAUUGCCUAAGUUUAGUUUCCUUUUUUACGUCGCCUUUUAUUCUCUUGUGCGCAUGCGCGUCGAUAAAGCUUCCUGCCAGUUCGAAAUAAAACGAGGGAGAGCGAAAUUGUUUCCGGCAGCCGUCACUGUAGCAUCAUGGCUGUGUAUGUACUCUCAGAGGGGGCGGGGCCAGGCUCCCAGGUACCUUCACACCUGACCAGGAUUCCCAUCGCUGGCCUCAGCCCAAGCACUGACUUCACCAACAAAACAGUCAAGGGUAAGGUGAUUCAUAAAGGGCCACUGGUGACGGUUGAAGCAGGUGACUUCAUCCUGAAAUCUGUCAUUCAUGAAGAAGAUGCCAUGCAGAGUAGCUGCUCUCAGAAGACUUCUAUCAACAUCAUUAUCUUUGGAGCACUAGCUGAGAACUUCAAUCACACAGUCAGUCAAGGGGAUGUGGUUUUGGCCUCUGGUUUUAUUGUGGGUAAAUCUCCCACAGCCAAUAAGGACAAGCUUCACUCCUGUAAUUUGUUGCUAUCAGGAGAUGAUGCAUGCAUCUAUGUUUCGAAGCAGAAACCUCCUGACCCCAGAUGCCAGUUGGCCAGCAAGAGGAGCUCCUUGAGUUGUCCCGAGGAUCCUAGGUCUGUCAAGGCUCCAAAAUAUACAUACGUGAGACUGGAUCAAUUAAAGACUGGGACUAUUGUGAACGUUUAUGGAGUGGUGACGUUCUUCAAACAGCCGUUUAAGAGCCGUGGCACAGAUUACUGCUCCAGUCUAAAGAUCACUGAUCAGUCCAACAAGAAGAUUGGCUGCACCAUCUUCUGUGAGAAGCUGGAGGAGCACCCCACGAUCUUUCAGACCGGAGACAUUGUGCGCAUGCACAGAGUCAAGGUGCAAUUAUACAACAAAUCCUUCACUCUAAUCAACACACGUGGUUUCUCUGUGGUGACGUUUGAUGGCUCUGUGGGUGUCGCUAUCGAGCCUCGGACAUCCAGUUCAACGUUCCACUUCGACGACAGUGACCGUCGCACUGUGGAGGAGCUGAGAUCCUGGUCUGCCAGCCAGACUCUGCUCCCAUCAGUCUCUGCUGCAGUCCCUCUGUCUGCCGUUCAGCCCAAUACCUACUUCGACCUAACCUGCCAGCUGCUGGCUAAAGCCUCCGUUGAUACCACCUGCACUCUGCUGAGGGUAUGGGAUGGGACCAGAUGUCCUCACACUCUGCUUAAAGUAAUCGUGGAGCCAAAUGUCACAGAAGGACCAUCUUCUUUCUCCGAAAGGAAAGAGAGCCACAUCGCAAAUGUUCUUGUGUAUGACAACCAUGUGGAGUUUGCGAGAGACCUGAAGCCUGGUGCUUUUCUGAGAAUCUACAACUUGCGAGCCAUCCCAGGAUCCAGCAAAGUGCCGGGCCUCACAAGCAGCCAGCCAGUGGAAGUGGAUCACCUGGCUUUUCAUCUUCAUGGCGGGACAUCUUACGGAAGGGGCAUCCGGGUUCUUCCAGAAAACACCCCAGAUGUGCAAGAGCUCAAGAGAAUCAUGGAGGCAUUCUCAGAUGAUGAAGAGGAUGAUGUCUCUGAAAUGAACGAUUCAGAGCUGUUGGAGGUCUGGUCUACUCCGCCAGAGUUUUUGGAUGGUGAUGCAGUGGACUGUCACACUGUGAGAACCUGUAGACACCGGCUCCAACCUGUAACACUGUCCCAGGUGAAGCAGAGUGAUCCCAGUCAAGUUCAUCACGUUAGAGUCCAGCUGAGAUCGUAUCAGCCCCACAGACUGCACCAGGCCCUGAAACUCUUCUGCAGCAAGUGUGCAUCAAUUCAGGACAUACCAGAUGAUGAACUGGUGGCACUUAUCUUCUCUGAGGCAUCCAAGCACUCCAAAGCCUGCAGUCGUCCUCCAUGGGCUCUCGCAGGACAUGUUGACCUCCCUGCAGGCACCUCAGGGUGUCGAAGUGUUUAUCUAUCCCCCAGGCUCAUGAUACCGGGCAGAACCGACCAACUCAUCUUUCUCAUGGGUUGCACUCUAGAGGAGACAUGCCAGCUUGCAGCAGCCUACCCGAACAUCAUUCCAGUGUCGUCGUCUGGGGGCCAACUGGCACUGCUUGAUCUGUCUGCACCUUGUCUGUUUAGAGGCAAAAAGAGAUAUUACGGGUGUAAACGGUGCUCUGAGGCUGCUUUGAGGGAGCCGAGCCCUGAAGGAAUGGAGGGGAUCAACGAGAGGACCAUAGCAAAGGACCUCGGGGUGCAGCUGCUGCAGUCGGUCUUGCUGAUGAAGCUGGAGCUGCAGGACGCCACCGACACCCUGGACGUCUUCCUGUGGAAACAUGCUGAGCUUUUCUUCAGUGUUGCAGCAGAAGACGUGUCAGCCAAUCAGGAGGCUCAGAACAGCAUCCAUCAAGCUAUGGAUAUCCUCUGUCCAGCAGAGGGCAGCAAUGGUGAGCGCCCAUGGCUUGACCUGUGUCUCAUGGCGUACGGUACAGAGGGGGAUGAGAGAAAGAACCAGACCUGCUACCAAAUCUGCAACACUGUUGUUGUCAAACCUACAUCUAAAUGACUGGACCCCGCCUGAAGCAGCAUCUUUCAGAUUCAAACAGGAGAACAGAUGAAGUUUUUGGUCAUGAGGUGUAUGAUGGCAAACUUUUUUAAAGGCCUGAUGUGAUUUUAUUGUUGUUCCCAUUUCCAGUGUUUUCUUUACCACUCAGUUUAGCUAUUUAAUGACUUUCAAAAUAAAAGUAUAAAUA